AUGGCUCAACCUCGUGCCUCGUCGGCAAAUACUCGCUUUGCCCAAUUCAAAUUAGUUUUACUAGGUGAAUCUGCUGUCGGAAAGAGCUCGUUAGUAUUGAGAUUCGUCAAGGAUCAAUUCGAUGACUACCGAGAAUCCACUAUCGGUGCCGCUUUCCUCACCCAGACAAUCGCUCUCGACGAAAACACCACCGUCAAGUUCGAGAUAUGGGACACCGCUGGCCAGGAACGAUACAAGUCGCUGGCCCCUAUGUACUACAGAAACGCAAAUUGCGCCGUUGUAGUAUAUGAUAUUACACAGGCCGCCUCGCUAGACAAAGCAAAAGCAUGGGUGAAGGAGCUCCAGCGCCAGGCCAACGAGUCCAUCGUCAUCGCUCUCGCCGGUAACAAGCUCGACUUGGCUACCGCCAACCCCUCUAAACGUGCCAUCGAAACUGCCGACGCUGAGGCAUAUGCCAAGGAAGCCGGUCUUCUCUUCCUCGAGACAUCCGCCAAAACUGCUGAGAAUGUCCAGGAGCUGUUUACCGCUAUCGCCAGGAAACUGCCGACAGACCAGGCCGGCCCCCGACGAGGAGCGCCUGGUAUCAGGGGUGUAGAUAUGAACAGGACACCUCAAACCGCCAACCUAAACGGCCAGGGCUGCGCUUGUUAA